CUGGCAACAUUGUUCGUGCACUGUGAAUGACUAGAACCGCCAAGAAGAAGAAACAGCAGCAGCAGCAGCACACUGUAUUUUUCACAUAUUGCAAGAUCGAUUUAAUAUCGUUGGAAUUCUGGGCCGGAUUACAUGUCUGACACGCGCAAGGAUCCCUGCAAACCGAACGCCUGCCGCAUACAAGCCUGUUUGACCAAGAAUCACUACCAGGAGGACAAGUGCUUGGAUGUCCUUGAGGCAAUGCGCCAGUGUUGUUUGAAGUGGCAUAAGGAAUCACUUUGCUGCAGUGGAAUCGAUCUGGAGAAGACUUACCUACCAGACGCAUCCAAGGAAAAGAACCCAAUCGGCAAGUCGAAAAAAUAAUGUCCGCACCGCAGUAUAGGCCUCCGAAA